GACCUGAUCCGGAGAGACAUCCUGUACUACAAAGGCCGCAUUGAUAUGGAUAAAUAUGAGGUAGUGGACAUUGAAGAUGGCAGAGAUGAUGACUUUAAUGUAAGCAUGAAAAAUGCCUUCAAGCUUCACAACAAAGAGACUGAGGAGAUACAUCUAUUCUUUGCCAAGAAAUUGGAGGAGAAGAUACGCUGGCUCAGAGCUUUCAGAGAAGAGAGGAAAAUGGUACAGGAAGAUGAAAAAAUUGGGUUUGAGAUUUCUGAAAACCAGAAGAGGCAGGCUGCAAUGACUGUGAGAAAAGUCUCUAAACAAAAAGGUGUCAACUCUGCCCGCUCAGUUCCUCCUUCCUACCCACCACCACAGGACCCGUUAAACCAGGGCCAAUACCUGGUCCCCGAUGGCAUCGCUCAGUCGCAGGUCUUUGAGUUCACCGAACCCAAGCGCAGCCAGUCACCAUUCUGGCAAAACUUCAGCAGGUUAACCCCCUUCAAAAAAUAAUACCAACAGGGAGGCAGAUAAUUUUAAAAUAAAUAAAAUUAUAUUUAUAGAUGGACCUUUUUUUGGAGAAGCACUGUUGAAAUUUAUAUAUAUAUAUAUAUACAUAUACGCACACAUGCAUACACACACAUACACAAAAACACACAAAGUCUUGAGUGUACACACCCACACACCCAACUACAUACACACACACACACACACACACACACACUCACACUCACACUCACACACACACACAUGCAGAAGGACCAAAAAUGUUUUCUGUUGUUUUGGGCAAGUAAAAUCUGUAGUUGGUAGGAAGAAGUACCAAUGACUUCCAAACACGUGAUCCCUUAAAAAGUUUUCUGUUCUUAUCCUGCCCCCCUCCCCUUUACUUUCAGAAACUUACAUUUCUAUUUGUUCCUUUUUUGUUGAGAUAAUCUUUUUGCUCUCCUGUGAAUGAUUCAUUGACUUGUCAUUAUUAACAUAGAUGUGUUGUAUUGUUUUUUACUUUCCUGAUGAUAUUGAUGCUGAUGACUUUUGAAUUUAAUUUAAUAUGGUGGAGUUUGGGAGUUUUGAAUUUCUUUUUUUUCCUUUUACUUCUCAUUGGGUAAAGGAAGGAUCCCCUUUCUCCUCUCCCUCGACUGAUCAUCUGCGAAUGUUUCUGCAGCCCUGCAGUUGCCCCAAAUAGCCUUUUUCCUGCAUCUUCUGUCCUAGUCAUACCAGUCUGGACAUGCUCUGUUGUGCCCUGUGACAUAACUGCUCAAUAUUUCUAUUGCUUUCACUGUGUUUUAGGUGUUGUGGAGGGAUUGAAACUAAACAGAAGUAAGAGAACGUCAGAAUAACACUAGAAGGGACUUUUGUUCAGAAAAUGUUCUGCAUUUGGGCUGUUUCUUCUUCUAGCACUGGGGGUUCCCAUGCUGUAGCACUGCUGGGUCACGACAGUUUUGUAUCUGGGGUUUAGUUUGGGUCAGUUAUUCUCUUCUUCAUGCCACUUUGGUUAUGGGGUUUCUUCUAGGCUUCUUUCUCCCCUAACUUAAAAAGUCUGAACUAGAAGCAAAGAGGCUGAGACUCUGCCCCUUGAAGGAGGGAUUCAACUGUCUCCAGUAACAGGUAGGUUUAGGGCAUGGUUCCCCACUGAAGUCAGUUCAGCAGCCUGGUUAUAACUGCUUCACAUUUGCAGAUUGUUUAGGCAGCAUUAUUCAGAGUCUGUGAGAGGUCAAAACAGAGCUCACCUGACCAAGAUCAUCAGCUGUAUUCAAAUUAUUGACCUAGACAGAAUCCAGGGCUGAGAGUAAUCUCUUAUAGGAAAGAAUAAAGACGGGCAUGGAAAGAGACAUCCUCAGUCCAAGAUAUGUACUUACAGUUCCUAACUUAGGUGUAACUUCCGCCAUUGUUAGCAGAUUGCAUGGAUAAUCUUCCAUGGCUCCUUCAUCCUCCUCCCUGUUUUCCUUCUUUCUCCUGCUCUCCCCUACACAGGAGGAUUGCUGGUAUGAGCAUAAUUAAAGCACUUCUGGAACUCAAAGAAUGCCCUAUUUCCAAUAUUCUCCCAUCCCACCACAAUUGAAGUAAGCAAGUGAGAAGCCCAGGGGACAUGUCCCUUUGGAGAAAGGAUCUGAGGCAAAGUUGCUACCCUCAGGUUCAUUUUUGGCAGGCUUUACACUUCCCACACAAAGAGACAGGCUCCCUAUGUGUACUCCCUAUUCCUCCUCUCCACAUGGCCUUUUGGGUAGGUAGACCUUGAAUAGUAAGAAGAAUGUAGUACAAAGGAGUAAAGAUGGGCCCUACUAUGGAGAGCCAUUCUAGUGAGGAGAUUGAGUCUGUCCUGGACCCUGUGGGAGAAGAAGACUUCAUCAUGAAAGGACCUCAGCUUAAUGAGCGGCAGCUGUGGCUGAAUGGGACACUUAACAUAGCUAGCUUGAUUGCUGCUUUUAUGCUUCCUGAUCCAGACCAGGCCCUGUCUAGCCUUGGAAUUUCUCCUCUUUGGGAAUCAAAUAACAACCUGUUUAAGCUCACAUUCCACCACACCCAAAUGAGACUUGAGGAGUAAGCCAAGGAUAAGCCUGAAUUGAGCAGAGGGCUAGAGCUCGGGACUGGCCACCACUGCUCAGCACAAGACCCAACUACUUAAGCCCCCUUGGCAAAGAACCUGGUACUGAGUGCCGAAGCUAAAUUGACCUCCCUGUCAAACAGAAUAUCUGGCUUUGUAGGCCUCCCUUGAGUGUACAUUGUUUUCCCACUUUCCAUUCUUCCCCAUUAGGCCUGGCCUUGACAUGUUUUUCCAGAGCUUGGGGGCACACCAAAAGGGGAUGCUUGGAUAGGUCCCUGGACCUACAACUUCUCUUGGCCAAGCUCCCUCCCACACCCCCUUCCUGCUCCCCUGGACAGGGAGCAGGACACAGAGCUCCAGGAUCAGGGAUUAUCACCUCUUUUCCACCUACCUCUCACCUACCCAACUCACUGGUCUCAUCAGAUGCCAAUAACUUGUGAAAACAAUAAGAAAUCAGUUUACCAUUGGUCAGAAAAUUCCUGUAACCUAUGACAGCAAGCAGACCAGUGAUGGACAGCCUCAAGGGGAGCCCCCAUUACCUGAGUUCAGAAUCCAAGCCUAUUCUGUGUCCCCACAGCAGUGCUCUCCCUAAGGAAUCUGUAAAUCUCUGUUUCUGCAUGGUCCAGAGAUCCCCUUUCCUCACCUCAAUGAGGCCUGGAUUUGCUCUCCAAAAGUCUUGGAACCUGGCAUAGAAUGGCCUAAUCCAGAAACUCAACUCCUCUUUCUCCCUCUCUCUCUCAUUCCUUCUACAUGUAUGUCUCUAAAGGAUGUAUAAGGACAGCAACAAGAGAGUUCUAACAAUUCUAGUGUGAAACCAAAUAGUGAUCUUUUAGUGCUUUGGGGAUGGGGUGGGCUGGGGUGGAUGGAUGGGCAACAGUGAUUUUGAUUACCCCUGCUGCUCUGCACUUGCCAGUUUAUUAUUUCAUUUCUUCUAUCUGAUUGUUUGACCCUGUCAAACAAGUGUCAAAGUUGUGUGUUUAAAAAAAUGUUUAACAAAAAUAUGAUGUUGUAAUGACACAAAGCCUUAUGAAAAUAUUUAUGGAGUUCAAUAAAAGAAGUAAAAGACA